AUGGCUUUACCCAACUUAAGAUCCAUAUUCGCUUCUUCAAGAACAUCAGAGGAAGAACGUCAACUCUCCCGAACCACAUUCUACAGAUUUACCGCAUUUGUAGGAGCAUGUCUGGUGAUAUCGCUCUUAGCUGCCCGUAAUUCAGGAAGAGAUUUCGGUGGUAAAGCUGCGAGAGGUGUGGUGGGGAUGGUAUCGGGCUCACAGGGGAAGAUUGUAUAG